UUGAAAUCAAUAAGGAUGUUUAAAGAGUUGCAGAUCCUCUGAUUUGCAUAGCAGGACUGUGGAGUGGGGAGGGUUUUGAGGAACCAGGUUAUAAAACUGCCCUGUUGGCUGUCUGUAGGAAGACCUUCCCAGCAGCACAGUAUGUAUAAAGCUUAAAACUGAGUAACUUUGUGCAAUGUUCUAAAAACUGCUGUUAUGAUUCUGUAAAUUAAGAUCAUAUUAAUACAUGAAACUAUGUUGAAGGAGUCUGAUUUUCUGCAGGUUUGAGGAGAUAAAAUGAGACCUCCAGAGGUCCUUAUUCUCAUCGCUGUCUCCACGGCAUUGGCCGGGAGUAUUCGCAUCAAGACCUUGGUAUUCCCCACUGAAACAUGCCGCAGUUUUGUUGAGAUGGUUCCUCAGAAGCCGUUGAAACUGACUGCGUUCACUCUGUGCAUGCGCGUGGCCACGGAGCUCAGCGGCAGGCGAGGGAUCAUCCUGUUUGCGUACUGGACUAAAGACUAUGAUGAGCUGAAUGUGUGGCUUGAACUGGAUGGAAGACUGUCCUUUUACCUGGCUGGAGCUGGUGUUUUAUUUAAAGUCCCUGAGCUCGGCGCCCUGCAGACCCACCUGUGUGUCACCUGGGAUUCCAGUUCAGGUUUAGCUGCACUCUUCAUGGAUGGAAAGAGGAGCUUAUCCAAAAUCUACAGGAAGGGUCACACUGUCAGCCCAGGAGGCAGGGUCAUCCUGGGACAAGAUCCAGAUUUUUAUCUGGGUGAUUUUAAUGAUCAGCAGAGUUUUGUUGGAGAGAUCAGUGAUGUGAAUAUGUGGGACUUUGUUCAGUCAGAUAGCACGAUCCAGGGCAUGUUUGCAGGGAAGAGAGUAUCAGGAGGGAACGUUUUUGACUGGGAAACUACAGAGCUGAGAAUUUACGGGAAUGUAGAGGUCGCCAUUCGUGAGCUGGACACACUUGACUGUUUUCCUGAAGAAGACGACAUUUGACAGCCUCCCGUGCACCCUUAACCACGAGCCUUGACACCCAGAACAUUUAUGUUGUGACAUCCCAACCAACUGCGGAAAAGUACAAAACUGCAAACCUGCAAUAAACAAAGCAUCAGUAGAGACACAGAUGCAAGAUCUUGACAACCCAGCUGUACAAAAGUCAAUAUUUACUAAAACUUUGAUCAGGAUCACAGUACAUGAAAUAUUUAAAUGCAUAUAGUCAUUACGUUUUAAAAGAAGUAAAUUUUUUCAGUGUUUGCAAACUGCAUGUUCUCAUUGUUCCUUUAAAAUACAGGUGUAACAUUUAAAGUUGCUCAUUCUUAUGGUUAUUAAAAUAAUAAAACGUAUUUUCCUUUCAAUCUGUAUAAGUUAUCAACACGAUGUUAUUUUUCUUUAAC